AACUACUACGACACGUACGAGAGGCCGCGCCAGAGCAGCAGGUACAGACCCGGCUACGGCACCGGCUACUUCCAGCAUGGUCUCCCUGACUUAGUCCCGGAUCCCUAUUACAUCCAGGCGUCCACGUACGUGCAGAGGAUGUCUAUGUACAACUUGAGGUGUGCCGCUGAGGAGAACUGCCUGGCCAGUUCAGCUUACAGGUCAGAUGUCAGAGACUAUGAUAAUCGAGUGCUUCUGAGAUUUCCUCAAAGAGUGAAAAAUCAAGGCACAUCAGACUUUCUACCAAGCAGACCCCGAUAUUCAUGGGAGUGGCACAGCUGUCACCAACAUUACCACAGCAUGGAUGAAUUCAGCCAUUAUGACUUGCUGGAUGCCAACUCGUAUAGAAAAGUUGCAGAAGGACACAAAGCAAGUUUUUGUCUUGAAGAUACCUCCUGUGAUUAUGGAUAUUAUAGACGAUAUGCAUGUACAGCACAUACACAGGGACUGAGUCCUGGCUGCUAUGAUACCUACAAUGCUGAUAUAGAUUGCCAAUGGAUUGAUAUUACAGAUGUAAAACCUGGAAAUUACAUUUUGAAGGUUAGUGUAAACCCUAGCUAUUUGGUACCAGAGUCUGAUUACUCCAACAAUGUAGUACGAUGCGAUAUCCGAUAUACAGGCCAUCAUGCAUAUGCUUCUGGUUGCACAAUUUCACCAUACUAAGAUGCAAGAAAAUGGAUGAGUCAGUGCCAGUGUUUUGAAUUGAAAUGUUAUAUAAAUUCAAUAGGAUGUAAACACUUUAUAAAAACAAAUGCAGAGUACACAUACAUACAUACCCUUAUCUUAUGUGAUUUUGAAGCAUAAUGGCUGCUUCAUAACAACAUUUGUAACUGGAUUUUAGGCAUUCAAAUUGGCAUUGCUUUUUAAAAAAAUGAUUGAAAUGUGUGGAAAUGGUGAUUCAUGCACAGAUUUUCAAAUUUUACAGGAAAUCAAGUCAUUCACAGAAACCAUACGUGUUUCGUUAACUCUGCUGGAAAUCAGAGUGCAGAUAACAGCAGGAUUUGAUCAAUACAUUGCCUGUGAAUGAACUGAAAACAUUAAGGAGUAGAAGUAGAAAGAACUAAUGUUAGCUAGUCCAAUGAAUGUCAAAACAAAGACCAACUUGGGAACGGUGCUCCUGCCAUUACAGUAAGAUUGAUUUGCAUUCAUUUAAUGCAAAUGAGAAGUAUGUUCAGUUUAAAAGGGAUAUCAAUGCACGGCAAUGUUUAUAUAUGCAUUAGUUACCCCCUGCAUAUGACACUUGUUUACAUUUUUAAUAUGUUAAUAGGCAAACCAUUUUCUUAAAGAAUAUGUGAGGGCCUAUUUUGUUUUUUAGAAUAGAACUGGAGAACUGAGCCACCUUUCUGUAGGAACAGAGAUUUUUAAAGUAAACUCCUAAAAAGAUCCACCAUGAAUUCAGUGUGGGUAAUGUGGAUUAGAAUGCAUUUCUGUCCCUCAGAGUCAGGCUACUGAAAGAGACGUUGGACAGUCCCUGAUGUCAUCAUAAUCUGUGAAAACAAGGGUAAACUGAACAGGUUAAUCAACUGAAAAAACUGACAGUGGCAGUCAACUCAGGUGGCACCACAAAUAAAAGUUGAUCAAAGGCUUAUCAGGAUUUUCUUGGAAGAAAAGCCUUCUACUUGUAUUCCCAUUAACGUUAUUUUACAUUACGUACUGUAUUUGAUUGUUAAUUGCGCAUUUGUAUUAUUCAAGGAUUAAAAUAUUAUGCAAUA